CUUAGUGAGUAAUCGUAGUAGUAUCGAAUUAAUUUGUAUGACUUUUUAAUCGUACGUUAUGAUAUUGAAGAUAAAACAGAUCAUAGAAAAUAACAAAUUAAUGUAAACUGCCUUAAAACUUAUAAUGAUCAUAGAAAAUGUUAAGAGUACCUCCACCACCUCUGAUUAGGUUCUUAAUAUACGGUUAAAAUAACAACAAUUGAAUUUUAUCUUCCAUUAUAUUCGAAUGGAUUACAAAGCACACUAUUGAGAAAAAGAAAAUUGGGAUAGCAAUUCGCCGAGACAACCAGCCGCAGUUAGACGCAUUUGUUGAAAUCAGUACUCAGUAAUCUCAGUACAGCAAGACAGUGUCAGUUGUGACUUCUAGCCAGCAAGAUGAACAAUAUUGCAAUAAUUUUGAGCGCGCUGUUUCUCGUGUUGCCGCACGAAAGUACGAGUGGAUUUUUGAAUGUAUAUCCACAAUUGAAGCAGUUUAAACUCACCGAGGAUGCUGGCACUCCGCUUUUCCUGACUCCUUUGAUAGAAAAUGGGAAGAUCGACGAGGCGCGAACAAAGUCUGUCGUCCAGCACAAAGAGAUGGGCGAUAUUAGCAGUUACUCAGGUUAUUUCACAGUUAACAAAGAGUACAAUUCCAAUCUCUUCUUCUGGUUCUUUCCAGCCAUGCACAAUCCAAAGACUGCACCAGUAGUAUUAUGGCUGCAAGGGGGUCCAGGGGCAACUUCAAUGUUUGGUCUUUUUAUGGAAAAUGGUCCAUUUAUAAUAACUGCUAAUAAAACUCUAACAAUGCGAAAAUAUUCAUGGAAUAUAGCACAUAAUGUGAUAUAUAUUGAUAAUCCAGUUGGUACUGGCUACAGCUUUACUGAGAAUGAAAAAGGAUAUGCCACAAAUGAAACACAAGUGGGAAGGGAAAUUCAUACAGCUUUGGUACAAUUUUUCCUGUUAUUCCCAGAGUUACAAAAUAAUGAUUUCUUUGUCACUGGUGAAUCAUAUGCUGGGAAAUAUGUGCCAGCAGUGUCUCAUGCCAUUAAAGAUUAUAAUAUCAAAGCAAAGACAAAAAUUAACUUAAAAGGCCUAGCAAUUGGUAAUGGACUGUGUGAUCCAGAGAACCAAUUGUUAUACAGCGAUUAUUUGUACCAACUUGGGCUGAUAGAUGAAAAUGGAAAAACUCAAUUUCAAGUGUACGAAAAGAAAGGCCGUGAAUUUAUUAAACAGAAGAAUUAUCUCGAGGCAUUUAAAAUUUUUGAUACACUUCUUAAUGGUGACUUAAACCGCACACCAUCUCUAUUUCACAACCUAACUGGUUUUGAUAAUUAUUACAACUAUUUGUUUGUGAAAGAUGGCAAUGAUUCCGAUUGGAUGUCGGAAUUGAUUCAAAGAGCCGACGUUAGGCGCGCUAUACAUGUGGGCAAUAAUUCUUUUCAUGUUGAAACUACAACUGUUGAGGAACAUUUGAAAGAAGACGUCAUGCAAUCCGUAGUGUUUUUCUUGACGGACCUUCUACAACAUUAUAGAGUGCUUAUCUACAAUGGACAAUUGGACAUUAUCGUGGCAUAUCCACUUACGGAAAAUUACUUAAAAAAUUUGAAGUGGUCCGGAGCAGACAAAUAUGCGAAAGCACCAAGGAAACUAUGGAUGGUUGGAAAUAAACUGGCAGGCUACACAAAAACUGUUGAUAAUUUAACGGAAGUUCUCGUACGAAAUGCAGGUCAUAUGGUUCCUUCUGAUCAACCUAAGUGGGCAUUAGAUCUGAUCACACGUUUUACAUACAAUAAAAAGUUUUAAAAACAUUUAUGAAUUAUUAUACUAAAUAUAUGUGAUAUUCAGCUUUUUGGAAAAGCUAUUUGGAUUUUUUAUCUUGAAGAAUUACUAUUAGUGAUGUAUAGAUAAACAUUUAAUAACGUAAGGCAAUGUGCCAACAAUACUUAAAAAACUCUGAGGAACAGUCAUGACAAAUAAACUCAAUAAUUGUAAUGUAAUAAUUUUGUAAUAGAAAAAUUAAUAAAUUUAUUAAUAAG